GACGAAGGUCCAAAGGGGAUCGCCAAAUCACUUGCUGAACCGAAGCGAACCGAACCGGGCCUCCCGACGGAAAAGCGAAAGCAAUCCCGGCGCUCUACCCCAAAAAAUCCAGCGCAUUUCGAGGAGGAAACGCCCCCGCCCGGCGAGGGGAUCUCGACACGCCGUCGGAAACGCGCCCCUCGUUUCCUCGCCCCUGCCCCGGCACCGUCCUCCCCCAAAUCUCUCUCUUUCUCUCCUCCCACUUUGCGUGUAAAGAUCUCCCUCUGACUCCCCCCUGGAAAAUCCUCCCGUACACAGUGCUCACGGAGCACAGGCCGCGGCAGAGAUCUUCGACGCCUCCGAGGGCGGAGCAGAGCGAGCAGCGAGGCGGACAGUUGGGAGAGGAGAUCGAUGGACGAGGACGUUGGCGCCGGCAGCGUCGGCAACGGCAACGGCCACGGGGAGGCGUUCGUGGCCGGAGCAGCAGCGAGAGCGGGGAUGCGCAACGGCAACGCCGGCGUCGGUGGCGGCGGAGGGAACGGGAGCGGUAGCGGCGGGAAGCUGCCGCAGGUGCUGCAGCGGAGCUUCGGCGAGGUGCAGGGGAUCCUGGAGCACAACCGUGUGCUGAUCCAGGAGAUCAGUCAGAACCAGGAGAACCGCGACACCGACGGGCUCUCCCGCAACGUGGGGCUCAUCCGGGAGCUCAACACCAACAUCUCCCGCGUUGUCGACCUCUACGCCAACCUCUCCGGCUCUUUCGCCCGCUCCGUCGCCGCCAAGAACGCCGCCAACGCCAACGCCAACCCCGCCGCCAAUGAGGCCGCCAAGAGGCCCCGCUCCGCCGGGCAGUAGAGCACCUUUGCUUCGUUUUACUUCACCGCUCCUUAGAUUCUAUCGCGAUUGGUAGCGGUCAGGACAUGAUUCCGGAGGAGGAGGAGGAGGUAGGUUCGAAACCUUGUUCUUUCCCGCUUUGUCGACUGUCGUGGUAGUGGAUUAUACCGGUGUUGCGAUGGACAUGGACACCUUGUUGCCAGAGUCAGUGAACCGAAGAUGCAGGUAAAGACUAAAGAUUCAGGUCGAUGCUGGCGUGUAUGUACUGUAUCUAUUAAUCUGUGUGCAGUGUUUGAGGUCAGUGCGCAUGGCGGCGGCGGCUGCUGCUGCUGCUGGUGUCACUCCGGUCAGGCCGGAUGCCCUGCUGAUGCUGGUAGCAGUUGAUACGGGUCAGCAGAGAGCAGUAAUCGUGGUAUGUGGAAUCGAUGAAGUGCCUUGCCCUUUCUCAAGUCUGCAGUCCGGGCGUACCUUGGGUU